AUGGCUACAUCAUCUUCGAAUCUGCUUUUCGAUAUCGAGAGCAACUUUAGCUCACCAUCUCGGAAUAGUAUGGCUGAGCAAGACAUCCAUAUGGCUUACCAUUUAGAGAGACUUGGUCAAGGAAAGACUGUAUAUCUCUUUUCACCAGCACAGGUCUCCAGUAUGCAAGACUCUGGGAAGGCCAUUGAGGACUUCGCAGACGAUCUGAUGAAACGGCUAAAUACACAUGUUUUUGUACACCAAAACAUGGAAACAUUUGUUUAUCGCAUUGGUCAAGUUCUGGACCAAUUCGACUUCUACGAAACUCGAAAGUUGGUCUUGGUUUACGUGGCUGAUCCAAACAAACCCCGUCAAGUCAUCACAACCCCCCCACCAGCAUCUCCAAUCAUGGGUGCAGCUCUGCAGUCAGCUCCAAAUCCUACAAUUUCAAUGGGAAGCUCAUUGCCUUCUGUGGUGAACACAACGCUCGCUCCUCAAGUCAAAAAGAUUCCAAAGCCAGCAAACUCCUGGAUCCUCUACCGAAAGUCCAAGCAUCACCUCGUUGUUGCCCAAAAUCCAGGAAUGCACACCAGUGAAAUCUCGACUAUCAUCGGGAAAAUGUGGAAAAUCGAAGACCCCAGUGUCAAGGCUUUUUGGCAAGCGGCGGCCGAUAACGAAAAGAAGGCGCAUGCUCUCCGCAAUCCGGGAUACAGGAUCACACCUCGGAAGUCUUCUGCGAUCAAGAGACGCAAGACAAAGAAGACAUCAACAGUUCAAGUUUCUGGUCACCUUUCCCCAACUGUCUACUCGGACACUGCCAGACCUCAAGAACAAGUCUACCCACAGCUACAAUUCUCGCAGAGUCUGCCAUUCUUAGAGGAUUCUAGUAACAUUGUCCCUCUCAAUACCACGUCUGAAGAAAUCAACAGCCUCUUCGCAGACCUGGAUAAAGACUUCAACUUCCAAUUACAGGGUAUUGAUGGGCAGUUUGAUGAUCUAUUCUUAGAUUUCAAUGACAAUUAUGGUGCUAAUUAA